ACGGAUGCAGAGGCAGAGAUGGACAGCGCAGCUUUCACUACACUGACCUUUGUGGUUCUGCUCCUCAGGGCGACCUGUUCCUCCGGUGAUACAGAGGUUCUAGCCUGUCCUGAGCAUCAGGAGGGGUUUGACGGCUCCUGUUAUGAGUUUGCAGCUCUGCAGCGACCCUUCCUGAGUGCUGAGGAAUGGUGUGAGCGAGGUGGAGGACACCUAGCCUUCAUCCUGAAUGAUGAAACGCAGCAGUUCCUCCUGAAGCACCUGCAGCCGGACAAAGACUGGUGGCUCGGACUGGCUCCUGCAGCUCCAAACCUCACUCUUGAUUCUGUUGCGGCUAAAGAUCCAGGUGCUCUUGCAUGGCUGGAUGGCUCUGAUGUCAGCUAUAGUAACUGGGUGAACACGCCGGACGCACAAGCAGCCUGUGGACAUAUUCUAGGCCAUUCGGGCUUCCAGUGGGAAGCUACAGCAAACUGUAGCCAGGAACUCAACUUCAUCUGCCAGUUUGAUUCUGGAACAUUCAUUGCAUGCGAUGGACAAAAUGCCACGUUGCAAUGUGGCUCUGGUCAAGUUAUUGAGAUUGACGACAGCUUCUAUGGUCGAAAGACAAUUCACUACUGCCGAUCCAAACUUACAGCCGCACCCACGUCCCCUCAGGAGGAGUGCAGUUGGAUCGAUGUGGUCGAUCCUGUCACGGCAAACUGCCAUGGACUGCAGACUUGCCAGGCUCCCGUGGACCCGAGCUCUCUGAGUGAACCGUGUCCUGUGCUGGGAAGUUACCUGUCUGUAGAAUACCACUGCAAACAUGGUCUCCAGAUACUGAUGAACACUCUGGUGACUGUUUUUGACAACGUCACCAUCACCGUCAAGUGGCUCCUCCAUCCAUUUAAGGGAAACCUCACGUGCGCCCUGAAUGCUGGCGACGGCCACAGAAUCGAUCCAUACAGCCCGGAAACGAUGGAGAGCACGGUGAUGCACAAAUUCAGCCGCCCCGGCGUCUUUGUGGUGGGGGUGGAGUGCAGCACCAGCGACUGGCACGUCACCGCGCAGAGAGCUAUAACGGUUCAGGAGCCUGUUCGACGGCUCAGAGUAAACAAAUGCUACGACAGGAGCGGCUCAACAGACGGCACUAAAUGCUACGUGCUUUAUGGAGCACCUGUUCAAAUCCAGGUUAUGCUUGAAGCAGGUACAAAUGUUACCUACGCCGUUCAGCACCAAGACCACUCUGUUGCAAACUCAUCAGUGGACACAGGCGUCACACCCCAUAAUAUUACACUGAGCAAAGGUGCGGUAGAAAAGCUGGGCCACGGCUGCCACAACCUGACGGUGCUGGCAUCCAACGCGGUCACAGCGAGCGCGGCGUCCGCCGACCUGCAGCUGUGCCUGCAGGACCCCGUGGAGGGCCUGCGGGCCUCUCUCGUGUGGGAGGAGGGCACGUGUCCGGACUCCGCCCACCUCGCCGUCGGCGUCUCGUUGGAGCGGGGAACCGGCGUGCGGCUGCUCUUCAACCUCACCGGCGCCGCGGGCUCGUUGUCCGACACCAGAGAGUUGCUCAAUCACAGUUUGCAGAGCUACACCUUCUCCAGCCCGCUGGAAGGGCUGGUAAAGGUGAGCGUACGCGCCGUGAACGCCUUGUCAGCCUCUGAUGUGGACGUGGAUUUGGAGAAAACACUAGAGAUCUGCAGCAAUUACUCCGACUUUUCACCUCAACAUGGAAACACUACAGUUACAAUGAGUGUCAGCAACUCCACCGCCCUAAGAAUCGCUGCUUCUCCUGACCCUGUGGUGGACUACAGUCAAACUGUCAGACUCACAGCAGCUGGAGCCGAGUCGCUCCCCACUGAAGGACUCACAUUUGAAUGGAAAUGUGAAGGAAGCUGCAGAUGCAGGAACCAAACAAAGCGUGACACUCUUGUUAUCGGCGCACACUGCCUCCCACGGCCCUUUGAGUUUAACAAAUACACUUUAUCUGUGAGGGAGAUAAGGUGGUUUAGGAACUCUGUUGACCUGGCUACGGCUUCAAAGUGCAUCACCGUCGCUCCAAAAGAGUUCCUAAACGUCUCCAUCAGUUGUGAUAACUGUGCUUCCAUUGACGUGAGCGAACCUGUGAGGCUGAGGCUGAGCUGUGCGGCAACUUGCCCGGACGUAGUUUGGUUUAUUGAGGAUCCCAAACCUUUGACAGGAGAACUUGCUGCGUGUUACUCCGUAGCAGGAAGGAGGCCACCUGCUGAGCUGCAGGACGGCAGCACUGAGUACGUCGUGCUCAGCCAACACUUAAACAUGUCAAGGGAGACGCUGCACAACAUCACUGUGAUUGCCUACGGAAAGACAGAGACUGGUUUUGCCAAGUACACGCUACCAGUACCAGGCCGUGAGCCCGCUCGGUCGUCUGAUGGUCCCACGGACCCCCAGCCCGUCUCGUGCAGCAUCUCCCCACCUUCAGGAACAGUUCUCGAUGCCUUCGACAUUACUUGCGAGCCGAGCCCUUUCUGCUCAGCGGGCUGUUUUUACUGCUUCAGAACGGGCACAGGCCAAUAUCUACGCUGCAGUAAUUCAAACGAGGUGAAGUCUGUCUUCCUGCCUGUCGGAGAUAAGAACGACAAUUACAAAGUAUCUGUUGUGGUGACUGUGAAAAACGAACACGACAAAGCCAACACAACGGUCACUGCUCAGGUGCAAAGAAGUGAGUCCAAUACAUCCGUGGUGAACCUCCAGUCUGUGGUGGAUAGAACUGUGAGCCAGCUGAAAGAGCACGGCCUGCUUUCUGGGGAGGCUCUGGGACAAAUAUUUACCUCGGUCUCUGACGUGCUGAAUGCAGAGGCCGACCAGGAUCAGAAGGAUGCGAGGGCGAAGCUCAGAGAGCAAAUGCUGACUGAAAUGAGCACGGUGCUGCUGGACGCCCCCACGAACACCACGCAGGAAGUGGAAGUGGCAGCCAGGGCUGUGGCUGGACUCACUCAGCGCUCGGAUGAGCUCAGUUCCGCUGCUCAGGAGGAGGCAGGUUCAUUGUUGGUGGACCUCAGCUUCUCCCUCAACUCCCUCAGCGUCAGUCACGACAGCAAAGACGAUGGCGAGGUUGAGCAAGCUUCAAUACCAAUAGUUGAAGCAGCCAGUAAUAUUUUAAAUGUUUCAUCCAAUAAAAAAGUCUCAGGUUUUCUUCUAACUGGGAUCAACAACGUUCAGAGCGCUUUGCUGAAUAAUAAACAGCUCAAUGGAGAACCUGCCAUCAUUGAUUCUGAUCAGAUCACCGUGUACGUCAACAGAGUGUCUUCAGGAAGCAGGCAGAUGCAGGACAUAAAUGUUCAGAAGAACAGCUCGUCCAGGUUUUUGUUCCCCAAACUCCCCAAAGACAUUGUUUCUCCGGACGAGCCAGUGGAUGUGAGGAUGAUGAGCUUUGAGAAGAAUCCGUAUUCUUGGAGGGAGGAAAACAUCACAGGAGCCGUAGGGUCCGUCUCGCUCACCAGAGUGAACGGCUCUGUGAUUCCCGUUGAGAACCUGCCUGAAGAGAUAGAGAUUUUCUUACCGCGGCUGGACGUCGGACGUGAGAACAGCACCGUCCUGGACCUCGCCAACUUCAGCACGUUGAUGAUUGAUGUUCCAUCACCGGAUGUAACACUGGUGCUGAAAACGGCGCCGUCUGAAGACAUUUCCUUCAUGCUGCUCCUGGGAAGCAGAGAUUAUCCAAGUGAGAAGAAUUACGUAGCUAAAGCCCAGUUUCCUCUGGAGAAUUCCAAAGAAGAGGAAAAAUAUACCUGGGUGCUGAGUCCCACAGACCGAAGAGUAGAUGUCGGCCUCCACUACCUGGUGAUAAAGCCCAUCGUAGAACCAGGCAUCAAAUCUAUCAACACCACUGUCACUGUGACUUCCAUUGCUGCGCAGUGCAAGUACUGGAAUGAGUCAGCGUCGUCGUGGAGUGAGGAGGGCUGCAGGGUCAGUAGGUCCAGCUCUGCAGCGGUUCGUCGCUACGUCGAACCUCUCCCUCAGCUGCUGUUUGUCUGGUUUCCACAGGUGGGUCCGCUCACAACGCCUUUGCUCACCCAGUGUCUCUGCAACCACCUGACGUUCUUCGGCAGCUCUUUCUUUGUCAUGCCAAACGUGGUGGACGUGACUCGCACCGCCGAGCUCUUUGCCACGUUCGCCAACAACCCUGUGGUGGUGUGUUUUGUCGGGGCGAUCUUCGCCGCUUACCUCCUGGUGCUUGUGUGGGCGCGUAGGAAAGACAUCCAGGACUCAGCCAAGGUCAAAGUAACAGUACUCCAGGACAACGACCCAUUGGCAGAGUGUCGUUAUAUAGUGACUCUCCACACUGGGCAUCGCCGUGGGGCAUCCACCUCCUCUCAGGUGACGAUAACGCUGACGGGCACAGAGGGAGAAAGCGAACCCCACCACCUGACGGAUCCCGAGAAGCCCGUGUUUGAGAGAGGAGGCGUGGACGUGUUCCUGCUGACCACGCACUUCUCUCUGGGAGAUCUGCAGAGUAUCAGGCUGUGGCAUGAUAACUCAGGAGAACACCCUGCCUGGUAUGUCAACAAGGUGAUGGUGCAGGAUCUGGAGCGUGGUCAGAAAUGCCACUUCCUGUGUAACUCCUGGCUGGCCGUAGACGUGGGGGACUGCGCUCUCGAUAAGGUUUUCAUGGUAGCUACAGAAACAGAUCUGAAGAGGUUUAGUAACCUGUUCUUCAUGAAGACGGCCAAGGAUUUCCGUGACGGCCACAUCUGGUUCUCAGUCAUCAGCCGACCUCCCUCCAGCACUUUUACUCGAGUGCAGCGGGUGUCCUGCUGUUUGUCUCUCCUCUUGUGCACCAUGCUCACCAGCAUCAUGUUUUGGGGCAUCCCAACAGACCCCUCUGAGCAGACCAUGGACCUGGGUCACAUCGAGUUCACCUGGCAACAGGUCAUGAUCGGCCUCCAAAGUUCAAUCAUUAUGUUUCCCAUCAAUCUCCUCAUUGUGAGCAUCUUCCGAAACACUCGUCCUCGAGAGAAACCCAUCAGAACAGACGCGAAGAAACAGGGGAAGACGGUGCGGGUUGCUCCCUCACAGACGUCUUCUCCGCAGAAAGAGCUGAAGGACGUCACAUCAGACACUGUGAUCAAGGACAUCAGGAGAAUUGCUCAGUCGCUCAUGAAGGCCAUGAAGAGUCCCCUGCCACAGCUGGAGCUUCAGCCUGGGCAGCAGCUGGACAUCAACACUCUGCUGUCCGUGGUGGAGGACAUCAUCAGACAGCAGAACCGAGUGCCUGCAGACUUCUACACCGAUGCCUCCAAAAGAGAUUGUUCUAUGAUCCUCAGUUUAGGAGCCGUCAAUCUUCAAGAAGACAUUGUGUGUGGGAGCCCUGAUAGGGGUACAGAUAAAAAGAGCAACAACAGUCGCUACCUGUACAGGCAGCUGCUCCACGUUGAGAAGGAGCUGGGCCUAUUGGGCCCCGCUCGUUUCCCAAACCCAGACAGCUUCAACCGGGCCAUGCAGCAGGUCCAAGGAAUGCGGGCUCUUCUGGAGUACCACCUCCCGUUGUCCAGCCUGGAGGGAGACCGGUCCAGCUCCAGCCCGAGUCCCGAGCCGAAGGUCAACAGGGAGACAAACAGGAGAGGAGGGCUGCCGUGGUGGUUCGUGUUCGUCGGCUGGACGCUUGUGAUGGCAACCAGCGGCGUGUCGGCGUACUUCACCAUGAUGUAUGGACUGACGUACGGGAAGGAGCGCUCCAUUAGUUGGCUCAUCUCCAUGGUGGUCUCCUUCUUUGAAAGUCUCUUCAUUACACAACCUUUAAAGGUUCUUGGAUUUGCUGCUUUCUUUGCUCUCGUGCUGAAGAAGGUGGACCAGGAGGAGUACGGCGAGCCACAGAUCGAGGGCCAGCUCAGGAACCCAGAUGAGCCUGCAGUGUGGGCAGGAAGAAGAGACAGCACGUGCAGCUUCUACCAGCCGCCGCCUCCCUCUGAUGUUGAGAGGAUGAGGAACAACAUGAUUAAGGAGCAGAAGGUGUUUGCCCUCAUUAGGGAGAUUCUGGCCUAUAUGGGCUUUAUGUGGAUGUUGCUCCUUGUGGCCUAUGGUCAGAGGGACCCCAACGCUUACUUUCUGACCCAACACAUUCAGCAGAGCUUCAGCAAAGGUGCCUCAGACAGCAUGAGUAUUCAGGAUGUGUUCAGCUGGGCAAACACAACGCUGCUCAGCAACCUGUAUGGAAAGCACCCAGGCUUCAUCACGGAUGGAAACUCAAAGCUGGUGGGCAGCGCUCGCCUCCGACAGGUGAGAGUGAGGAACAGCUCCUGCCACGUGGCCGACUCGAUGCAGCGCUCUGUGGGAGACUGCCACGCUCCGUACUCGUGGGACUUUGAGGACAUGGGCUCCUACGGUCCAGGCUGGAACCGCUCCGUGCACGGACGCGCCUCGCUGAACCUGAGCGGCCCCUGGACAUACCAGUCCCAGCGUAGACUGAGGACCUACCCUGUGUGGGGCAGAGUGAAGCUCUACAGAGGAGGAGGCUUUGUGAUGGAUCUGGGACCAGAUUUAGACAAUUCCAAAAGGUCUCUUCAGUACCUUUACGACAACACGUGGUUUGAUGUGUACACUCAAGCCGUCUUUGUGGAGUUCACUGUGUACAACGCCAACGUCAACCUCUUCUGCAUUGUCACACUCAUGCUGGAGACCACGGCCAUAGGAGCUUUCCAGUUUCACAGUGAGCUCCAGAGUGUGCGUCUUUACCAGACGGCUGGUGGCCUUACUAUCUUUGUCAUGGCAUCUGAAGUCAUCUACUUCCUCUUCAUCAUCUACUACAUGUUUGUUCAGGGAAAGCUGAUCAAGCAGCAGAAAUGGGCUUAUUUCAGGAGUAAAUGGAACCUGCUUGAGUUGGCGAUCAUCGUUCUCAGCUGGAGCGCGCUGUCCGUCUUCAUCAAGAGGACUCUGCUGGGGAAACGGGACAUGGGCUUUUACCAGGACAACAAAGACCAAUAUGCCAGUUUCCAUGAAACAGCCACGGCGGACUCGGUGCUGGGGUAUCUGAUUGCUUUCCUGGUGCUUUUGGCUACAGUCAAACUAUGGCACCUGCUGAGACUGAACCCCAAGCUGCACAUGAUCACAGCUACACUGCAGCGAGCCUGGACUGAUAUUUCAGGCUUCCUAGUGGUCAUGACCAUCAUGUUCCUGGCUUACUCCAUUUCUUCUAACCUGAUGUAUGGAUGGAAGCUAUACUCCUACCGAACCCUCCUGGACGCCACACUGACCAUGGUCAGCCUGCAGCUCGGCAUCUUUAACUAUGAAGAGGUGCUGAAUUAUAAUCCAGUGCUCGGUGCUUUCCUCAUCGGCUCAUGCAUUGUGUUCAUGACCUUUGUGGUGCUGAACCUUUUCAUCUCUGUGAUCCUAGUGGCUUUCAGUCAAGAGCAGAUUCAUCACAAGCCUUCAGAAGAGGAGGAGAUUGUGGACCUUAUGCUCAUGAAACUUUGCAGUUUGUUUGGACUGAAGUGUAAGAAAGAAGGAACCCACAGGCUUCCCGAGAGGCCGCUUGUUUCAUCAGUUUCAUAAAGGAUCUUCUGAGUUCUGCUACAUGGCACUACGGUCCCUAAUUAUGCUUUGAGUCUCCAAUUACUUGUUAUAGCUUGCCUGUUUUAUUUGAAGCAUGCGGUUUCUUGUUGGUUUAAAUGCAUUAAAUUAUUUGCAUUUUGUCUCUGCUGCUGCAGGUGCUGAUCAUAACCCUUGUUAUGCACUUCUUCUGAGCCUUGUACUCGGGUGUAGCAUAUUAUGUUAAAGUAAUAAAAUGCUGUUAUUGCAUGAAACCUAACGAGUCAGUUAUCCAGACAGGAUACUAAUAAAAUAUCAUGUUACUGUACAGUAAAUUUGAUAUUGUGAUAUUAGUAGACCUGAGCUUCAGCAAACCUGCGACGGUUAUAAGGAAUAAAGCAGUAAGAGAUCAAGUUUAUAGCUCCAGCCUAAAGAACUAUACAUUUAUAUAUUAUACAAACAUGUUUUUAGAUUCAACAUGAUAUUUACUUAUGUUUAGUCAAAAUACAAGGAGUUGUUUGAGUCAUAAACAAAUGUGAGAGUCACUGCCAGGGUUCCCUAGUUUCAUUUUGACUGUUUAGGUAUAAUCCUACAAUUCACCUGUCAGUCUAAUCUAUGAUUUUUUUUUCUUUUCUUUUUGUUCUGCAUUUCAACAAGCAGCAUGUAUUAGGCUGAAUGCCAUAUUGUGAUGGACUGCUUUGCUUUUACAAGAGUAUACAGGAAAUAUAUAUAUAUAUAUACUCUUCUUGAUUAAUGGUUUAUUUAAUGUUUUAUUUAGCUAAACCUUAAUAUGUGUGAUGUUGCUGUGUUGGUGGACAGGUUAAGUUUCUGCUUUAGGGUGCGUGUGCGGGAGGAGGCGUGGGGGUGGGGGUGCAACCAGCUGCUGAAACCAAGCAAAUCUGUUAAGCAAACAAUCGGUGCAAAAUAAAUAAGCAGCGAUGUACCUUUA